UUCGGGUCAAUUCGGUUUGAUUCGGUUUUCCUUUUUUCCGGGCUAUCUCCACACCUCCAAUUGCUCAUCCCCGCCCUCAAAACUUGGAAUGGCAAAACAACCCAACGUCCCACGGUCGCCACAGUGCUUCUUGAAGCGCUCAUCAUCCUCCUUCAUUUGCCUUCUUCAGCAACUUCUUCUUCUCUUGAUCAGAGAAAACCCCCCAAAUCCCACAAUACCUCGUCCUCCUCCAUCCAUUUGAAGCUCAUGCUCUUCCCCUACUUAAUAGCCCUGGCCUCGGUGAAGAGACUGGAUCGUAGUUCGUGGUGGACUUCCGAUGCGAUUUCUCGGCUAGAUUCCGCUUCCGCGGCGAGAAAAUCGCGUCCUCCCCGGACGAAUUCGAGCGUCAACUCCGUCUUGCGAUUGCUCCAAUUCAGGAGUGGUGGUUUGGAGUUUGGAGAGAGGGAAGGAUUUGAGCUUGCAGAAACAGGACUCGAGGUCAGAGGGCAAGGGGAGUUGUCGCCGUUGAAGGAGGAGCCGUUGAUCGCGGCGAUUAUCUCGAGGACGCAGAGGUCCUUGUUCACCCAGCGAUACUCCCACUUUCAUAGUUCGAAAUGCAUCGCACAAUAAGCAUUGACGAGAGUGUAGCAACAAGCAUUGACAACAUUG